UGUUUUAAUCACUUGUUAGCUUACGCAAGCUGUGUCUGCAUUAAGUCCAUAUAUGUUUAACGCCGCAUAAACAUCCCAGCAGCUUAGUGCAGUUUCGGUACAUCCUUUCAGCCGCUACGUAGGGUGCUUAGUGUUUUCACGGAAACGUAGAUCAACCAUGACGAAGCUGAUGCAGUGGUUGCUGGGCCUCAGUACUUUCGUCGCAGUUUGGUCGAUGUUACUAUCGGGACGAAUCACUGACACUACAAGCUACCGUUACCACGUCUGGCUGCUACCUGUAUACUUCUGCGUCGCUUUUGGUGUAUAUGCUGCAUCGGUGGUUUUGUACAGAGUCUUUAGCUUUAACAAUUGCGAGGAGGCUGCACAGGAGCUCAAAGGGCAAAUUGUUGAAGCCAGGAAUGAUCUCAAACGACGUGGUUUUAGAUUUGACUAAAUUUUAUGGCUGGUAGCAACACGUUCUUUUUUCCUUGUACAGCAUGUUUUACCUGCAAGACCGCAUUGUUCUGCCAAGUUUUGUACCACUGAAUGCGACUCUGAUACUGGUAAACGUGACAAAGCAACAUUCCUUUUAAGAUUCAUUUAUUGCACUAAGAAGGUAAAAAAAAAAUAUAUUUGUACAAUACUAAAAGCAAGAAAAACACUUUA